GUGGGUGUGUUUAUGUGUGUGUAUGUGUCUGUUUUUAUAGCUAUCCCCAGUGAGUGAUUCUGAAGACCCUUUUCUGUCCCCCAAAUCUUUCCGCCAAAAGCAUUUUCGGGGUAUUUGCCAUUCAGCCUGUACCUUGGCUCUUCUAACUCCGCGGAAAAGUCGUUUUCCUUUGUACGGACACCUAACUUCUAAGAUGGCUGCGCCCGCGGUGUCAUUUCCGAAUCGUGCUCAGUGCAAAGCGGACAGCUUCUCUCCCCAGGUUGCUGAGGUGGACGCAGCCCGCCCCACGUUUGCCUGGCGCCAGUUCGAGCUUCCGAAAGUGAAUGCAGUUUGUUUACGGCGUUUUAAAGCGCCGAGAAAUGAAGUCGUUCGGUGGCUUUUCACCGUCCCGAGCCUUCCCUGGCGACUCGGGUCCAAACGGCUAUUUCGCCUUUUGUACGUCAAGUGUGGAAAGAUGGCCGCUCCCUGGAUGCGAUGAGGACACGGGCGCAGACCUUUUCUCCGUGGGAACCGGAAGUCUAGGCGUCGGUGCGCCGCACAAAUGCCUCCGACUCUUUGGUCGCCGCAGACCGGCGCAUAGGCUGCGCGAGGACAUACGCGGCAAAGAAUUCACGGAGGUGCAGCUCGUGGAAGGUCGCGGCGGGGUCACGAGAAAAGCCAGUCUCUGUGUGGAGCUUUCGGAGCCCGCAGGUCUCGGCUCGAGGAACAGGAUCUACCAGGUGCCCUGAGGAGGAGGUCUGAGGACCUGGAUGUCGUCAUUUGUAGGGACACCACUGACCAGAGUCUAAGAUUUCUACCCAGAAAUUUCGAGCAGCUCAAGAAGAGACCAAAGACACAGCGUCCAUCUUCCUGGCCAUUUCCCGAUAACAGAAGAAAAUGAUUAAGAACCAGGAAUCACUCACACUGGAGGAUGUGGCCGUGGACUUCACCUGGGAGGAGUGGCAGCUCCUGGGCCCCGAGCAGAAGGACCUGUACAGGGACGUGAUGUUGGAGACCUACAGCCACCUGGUGUCAGUGGGGUAUCCAGCCAGCAAGCCAGACACACUGUCCAGAUUGGAACGAGGGGAACCAUGGACAAGAGAAGGUGGACUCCACAGUGGGAUCUGCUCGGAAACCAAGAAAAAUGAUGGUCACCUACAGAGAUACUUGCAAAAUCAAAGAUGUCUAAAGAGAACAGAACAUUGCCAUGAACAUAAUGCAUUGGGAAACAUCGUUUUUUGCAGUAAAAGUAAUUUUUCUUUAAGGCAAAGUCAUGAUAUAUUUGACUUGCACGGGAAAGCAUUGAAAUCAAAUAUAAGUUUGGUCAACCAGAACAGAAGCUGUGAAGUAAAGAACCCAAUUGAGGUUAAUGGACAUGCGAAAUCUUUCCUCCAUGCAAAGCAUGAGCAACAUCAUACUGAAAUAAAAUUUCCUGAAUGUGUUAAUUCUGUAAACACAAACUCCCAAUCCCUUAAGGCGCAAAGGACUCAGAAGAUAAAUAAACCUCAUGUAUGCAGUGAAUGUGGGAAAGACUUCAUCAAGAAGUCUCGCCUCAUAGAUCACCAGAGAGUUCAUACGGGAGAGAAACCUCAUGGGUGCAGCAUAUGUGGGAAGGCCUUCUCCAGGAAGUCCAGGCUCACUGAACAUCAGAAAACUCAUAUAGGAGAGAGACGGUAUGAGUGCACCGAAUGUGACAAAGCCUUCCCCAAGAAAUCACGGCUACUCACUCAUCAGAAAACUCACACAGGAGAGAAACCCUACGUUUGUGAUGAAUGUGGAAAAGGCUUCAUCAAGAAGUCUCGGCUCAUUAAUCAUCAGAGAGUUCACACAGGAGAGAAGCCGCAUGGAUGCAGUCUGUGUGACAAAGCCUUCUCCAGAAAGUCCAGACUCAUUGAACAUCAGAGAACUCACACGGGAGAAAAACCUUACGAAUGCACGGAAUGUGACAAAACCUUUCGCUGGAAAUCACAGCUCAAUGCCCAUCAGAAAACUCACACAGGAGAGAAAUCGUUUAUAUGCAGUGACUGUGGGAAAGGCUUCAUCCAGAAGGGCAAUCUCCUAAUACACCAACGGACUCACACUGGAGAGAAACCCUAUGUAUGCACCGAGUGUGGAAAAGGUUUCAGCCAGAAAACUUGCCUUAUAUCACAUCAGAGAUUUCACACCGGAAAGACUCCCUUUGUGUGUUCCGAAUGUGGCAAAUCUUGUUCACACAAGUCAGGUCUCAUUAACCAUCGGAGAAUUCACACAGGAGAGAAGCCCUAUACGUGCAGUGACUGCGGAAAGGCUUUUAGAGAUAAGUCGUGCCUCAAUAGACAUCGAAGAACUCAUACAGGAGAGAGACCCUACGGGUGCUCUGAUUGUGGGAAAGCCUUCGCCCACCUGUCAUGCCUGGUGUACCAUAAGGGAAUGUUGCACACCAGAGAGAAAUGCGUAGGUUCCGUCAAGUUGGAAAACCCUUUUUCAAAGAGUCACAGCUCAGCUCACUCGAGUGACAGAGUACAGGAGAAAACCUCUGUUGAUGCGAUGACUGUUCGGAUGCCUUCAGUGGCAACUCAGAUUUCAUUACGCAUCAGUGGGUUCCUAGCGGAUGGGAAUGUGGCCACUGUGGGACCACCAGGUGCCAGAGGUGCAGCCUCCGCAGAUAACAGAAUUGGCACAGAGAAACCUUAUGAACGCAGGGAAUGUGGUAGUAGCUUCAGUGACCAAUUAUGUCAUAUUGUAUGUCACAAAAACCACACAGGAGUAAACUGUGAUACUCUUGAAUAAAACAACUCUUGAAUAAAACAUUCUAGCUCAUUAUAUGGCUUACAAGCGUGCAUACAGAGACUGGGAGAGCCUUUCGUGGCACCAUAGACCUUAUCCGUGCUGCUUCAUGUGUCACAUGUCAUGAGUGAGCUCCUGGUUGGUAGAAAUAUAACGACCGUGGGAAAUCCUUUUCCAGAAAUAAGACUUCAGUAGGUGGUAGAGGGUUUACACAGGAGAGAAAUUGUUGGACCUUUGAAGGCAGUGAUUGUGGCAGGGUUGUCUGCCUCACCCACUGGCAGAGGAAACCCAAGAAAUAAAACUCUGGGCACAACUAACUGUGGAACAUCUUCAGCAAAAUAUCGGAAAAUGCAUGAAGCAGAUAAGGCCUGUGAAAAUGAAGAAGACUUUAGGGACUUGCGUCACAAUUCUAACAUAAUUAUACAUCAGAUAAUAGACACAGUGUACAUGGUAGGACAAUAUACCUUGAAUCAAACUCCUAGUUGAUAUGUCUCUGAGGACUCCUUAAUUUAAUGCUUUUUAAAAAUAUAUUUUUAUUGAUUUCAGAGAGGAAGGGAGAAGGAGAGAGAGAU